GCGUUCCUGAGCCAAGAUGGCGAUGUGCUUGCAACUGGAAAUACUGCAAGGCUGCAGCAUCAACUGGCACAAAUUUGAAGCUUCAUGAAAGGUGCUCAACUAUAUUACCACCCGGUUCGUGGCCUAUCCACCACAGUGGGUUUGUGCCAUCAACUGAGGCUUCAUCAUCUUCGCGUCUUUAUGUGCACAAAUUAUUCUAAUACCACCAAAGCUCCCCGCCCCCCAAAAAAGUUUUCUGUUUAUAUAUAAUUAAAAUUAUUAUUUCUGUAUCUGCCCAGGUAAAUCUAGUUCCUAAUUAUCAUAAACGUUAUACUUCACCCUUAUUUACUUUUUCAUUUAGAUUUUUCUCUCCCCUUCCCUUUAAACUUUAACCGCCGGCUUCUUGGCCUGAACCGUGCUCUUGAGCUGCAGAAAAUAGCGUCAACCUUUCCCUUCAUAAAAAAUUACUUCUCUCUCUUGGCCAAUCUCCCGCAGUCGGGAACAAGCAAGCAAUCACAAAAGCGUAAGCAGAAUCGGAAUACUACUGUUGCGCUGUUCCUUGAUGUCUGACCGUGAAGUGCGAAGUGCUCACAGCAGGGGAAAAAAAUGAACGUGAAAGAGACGGACGAACAGCAAAAGCUACGCUUCCAGAUUGAACUAGAGUUUGUUCAGUGCCUGGCAAACCCAAACUACCUGAACUUCCUUGCACAACGAGGCUACCUCAAGCAGAUGAUGUUUGUGAAUUACCUGAACUAUCUGCAGUACUGGAAGAAGCCGGAAUACUCCAGGUACCUCAAAUACCCGAUGUGCCUUUACUUCCUAGAGUUGCUCCAAUAUGAACACUUCCGACGCGAGAUAUCCAACGCACAAUGCGCAAAGUUCAUCGAGGACCAACAGCUCCUGCAUUGGCAGCACUACACUCGGAAACGAAUGCGACUGCUGCAGCAGCCGGCCACAGAAGCCGCCGCGGCUCCCACCAGCGCUGCCGCUGUAGCAGUUACUGCGCCACAAGCUCCGACGCAAAAGUGAAAAAGAAGAAAGGAACUAAA